GUGGAAUUUAAGAAAUUGUAUAGUACAGCGAGAGCAUUCAUAGAAUAACGGUAACAGUGAAAGAGCAAAUUGAAUUCUGAAAACUAAAGUUUAAGAGUGAAUAUAGAUAUGGCUUUCAAAUUCAUUCUGGUAGUGUCUUUAGUUGCAGCAGUCAACGCACUGCCCCAGCAUGGAUAUGCAUCAUCGCAUCAAAGCAUUCAGCUGCAUACGGCACACGCAGCUCCAGUUCACCAUGUUGCUGCUAUUCAUGCUGCUCCAAUUCAACAUGCCAUUGUGAAGCAAGUCGAACAUCAUGCUCCAGCAAACUACGAAUUCUCUUAUUCUGUCCACGAUGGUCACACUGGAGACAUCAAGAGUCAACACGAGUCCCGCCACGGUGAUGAGGUACGUGGUCAAUACACCCUCCUGGAUGCCGAUGGUCAUCAUCGUAUUGUCGAUUAUCACGCUGACCAUCACAGUGGAUUCAAUGCUGUGGUUCGCCGAGAGCCCACCAACAUUAAAAUUGCCCAACCAGUGCAGAAAGUGAUCGCUCAGCCAAUUCACGUAGCCGCUGUGGCUCACGCUGCUCCCAUUUCGCAUGCCAGCAUUUCCCAUCAUGUAGCUCCAAUUGCUCACAUUUCGCAUGUCGCCCCAGUGGCCCACGCCAGCUAUGCGCAUUAUGCACCUGUUGCCGCUUACCAGAGUCACGGUGGACACCAGGCCACCAGCCAUAUUACUCAUCACCACUACUGAGACGCUUAUCUUUCGUUCACAUGGGACCUGAUUGUAGAAUGUGCGAAUUAGAAAUAUAGUCAUUUUAACAUGUUA